AUGCAACUCGUGGAACAAGGGAAGCUCGCACUCGGCGAUGCCUUUCAGCUUGAUCGUCUUGCUCCUGAGUUGAAGGAACUAAAGGUAUUGACGAGAGACUCUAGUGAAUCUUACACACUGGUCCCGCAGGAGCGUAGGAUUACGCUCAGAAUGCUUAUGACUCACACAGCCGGUUUCGGACAUGCCUUUGACGAUGUUAAGCUCAGCGACUGCGCAAGGCCGACCGGCAUCGACGAUUUUUCAAGACGGAGAGAAGAUGUUCUUUUACGACCGCCAGUAUUCCAACCAGGAACGGGGUUCCAGUACGGUGUUAGCAUCGAUUGGGUCGGAGUCAUUAUAGAACGGGCUACGAAAACCCCCCUUGAGGAGUACUUUCAGACGUACAUAUUUUCACCGCUAGGUGUAAAGGAUAUAGCGUUCUACACGACGCAAACCAUGAAGCAACGUCUUGUCUACAUGCACCAGCGGGCAGCCGACGGCGUAUUGAGUGUCACCGACCAACUUCUUCGACAUACGCUUGUCGAGCCGCGGUAUGCAACGAAUGAAAAAAUUCUCUAUGGGUGGUUGUGGAUGCUUCGGGACGCCGAGGGAGUAUUCGAAAAUCAUGGCUAUGCUGCUCAACAACGGAACCUGUCCGAAGACGAACGCGCAGAUAUUGAAGUCAGAAACGGUACAGCGUUGGUCCUCACUACACCAUACGUUUUUCAAUUCACUCAUACUAAUCUUGUACUUUGCAAAGAAAUAUUUACCGACCAGAUCCCACAGUAUCCGAUCUACCACAAUUACUAUUGCCAAUCAGCAAAACCUACACUGGCUAAUAGUUGUGCCAUUAUACCAAAACCCGGAAACCCGACCGAUGGAUGGGGCCUUACAUUCAUGUUGAGCCAUGAGAAAAGCGAAACUGGGAGGGCAGCUGGUUCAGCGUCUUGGGAGGGCCUGGCAAAUUUAUACUGGUUUGCCGAUCGCGUCAAUGGCAUUGCGAUGAUCUUCGCUACUCAGAUUCUUCCAUACGGGGAUCUCGAAGCAGUCAAGCUUUUCCGGGCGAUUGAGAAAGGGGUGUAUGCAAGCUGUGGCUUGACAACUAGGUAG